AGGUUGUCGCUGGUGCUGACCAGUGAUUGGCGACUACCUAUGUCAACCAGCGACAGGUACCGGCAUCAAGAUAAGUCAAGUAGCAACAGGCAUUGGAAAAACCCAAGUCCACAUGGCUCCAAGGAGAAGGAGAGGGCAACCCAAGGGCAAGGCCCAACCCCAAUCCCCACCCACCAAGCAGGUGGAGACCCAGGAGGAGACCAGGGAGGUGGCCCAUGUCCCCACCACCACCCCAACCUGGACUGGCCGCCCUGCCAAGACUAUAGGUACUGCUGCUGCUGACCCAGACUCACCUACAGAUGAUGCUCAGGACACUGAUGCCUCAAGUGUCUCUAAUGUGUACACUGUCCAGGAGGAGGUGAAGAAGGGCAAGAGACCCAAGGUAGUUCCUUAUGAGUUCAGCAGAGAACAAGAAGGAGAGCUGGUCGAGUGGUAUCAGUCAAACACAGAGUUGUAUGACAAGAACCACCAACAUUAUAGAAACAAGGACAGGAAGAACUCACUACUUGACACCAAGACCAAGGAGUUUCCUGACAGCACCUAUGCCCAACUCUGUCUGUGAUUCAAAAGCCAGAGAACAAGAUAUGGCAAGCUGUCUCAGAGUGGGAACAAGUCAGGGUCUGGUGGCAAAAACCAGCAGUGAAUCAUCGACAAAUGGGACUUUAUCAAUUCACAUGUGCUACGAGUGGAGAGGAGACAGCACCAAGAAGCAAAUUAUUAUAAAAUAGUUAUUGUGAAAUUGAUAAUUUGAUUGUCAUCUUGCUUGCCAUGUCCUGAUGGUCUUGAAAGUUUGUAAAACACAUUUAUUUUCUUCCAGUUUGACAAGAAGAAGCCACUGCCCAGUAUGUCCAGUGAAGAGGAGUUUGAUACACUUGAGGGAACCUCUGGAUCCACCCCCUCCACCAGUCAGCAGCACAGCAAGAGGAGCAGGACCACUGCCAGCUCCACCCCAACAGCAACUGAGGUAGAGGAGAGAGAGGCAAGUCAGCAGGAGCUGAUCAAGGUGCUCAUGCAACAGGCAACCGAGGCCAGGGAGGCCAGAAAGGCCAUGACACAGCCCCAGACACCACAUGAGAGGGCUGUUGACACCUUCUUGGGAUUCCUAAAGACUGAGCUGCUCAAGAUACCAGAGAAUGUGUGGUUCAACUACACCAUGGCUGCCAUGACGAUGGCCCAUAACUUCUCCCAGCCGACUCAGCAGCAGAUGGGACACAUGGGACAGCAACAGAUGGGACAGCCACAGACAGGACUGAUGGGACCACCACAACAGAUGACACUGAUGGAACCACCACAUCAGCAGGCUCACCAGCCACAGUCACUGAUGGGACCACCACGGAUGCCACCACCAGUGAUGUCAUGCUCACCGAUUGCCACCUCACCCAUGGGCAGGUCACCCAGUUCCACAGGACAGCAGCAGCCCUACUCACAGCAACAGUCUACAUCAACUCCAUCACAGCAGUUAGCCACUACAUCAACAUACACUGCCUUGCAGCCUGCAAGAUCUAGUAGCUUCUCUGCACUCUCAGCUGCAUUCACAGACUACCCCAGCCUUGACACACCCAGACCUGCACCAGUGACACCAGGGUGUAUCCCCAGAACGGAGACCCAGGAUGCAAGUAGGGACUUGAGUUUGAGCUUUACAGGAAUAAUGGACACAGAUCGCCCAUCAGUGUAAUGUGUCCAUAAAUUAUGUUAAGUCUUGUAUGUUUUUGCACUUGUAUUAUGUUUGAAGUUUAUUGAAACUCAACGACCCUCCUUGGGGUAUGGGAGUACAUAAAUAAUUGAAAAACACCACAUAUAUACAAAAGUCAUACAAUAUAUCGUUAACAGUACAAGCAAAAUGAAGAUAGAAAGAAAGAUAACCAGAGUAUUGAAGUUUUGAAUUUUGGGAUUUUUAUUUGUAUCUUUGUCGUGUAAUGUUUGAGCUUACUAUAAGCAGUCUUUUUGUAAAAUCAUGGUUAAAGGUAUCUGUAACAUGCCUGCCAGACCUGUUGAAGUUGCAAGUUUUAUGGAGAGAAAUACAGGGAACGUUGUGAAUAUAUGUAAAUACAAUGUCACAGACGUGCCAUUAUUUGAUAUUUAUUGCCUUUUUUAUAGAUUGAUGGGACUGAUCAGACUGAAGGAGGUGCUUAUAGUGAUGAUUCUUACAGAUAAUUUCAAAUUUUAUGUGAUUAUAAUAAAUUUAUUUUUGUAUACACUGUUGUAUGUUCUUUAUAAUGUAAUAAUAAAUCAAACUUUUUUGUUGUUAAA